AUUGCAAGAACAACAACAGCAACAAGCAAAUCAGUGCGUGUGUGCGUGUGAGAGAGAGAAAGAAGGAGACACCAAAUAGUCAAGCAAAGCCUCAGGCUUGCCAUAUGUGCUCGAAGGCAGCUAUAAAUAAUUGUAACUGUAAACACAGUAACUAAGUGAAGCAGAACAGUUUAAAGUCGAAAUUUGAAGCAAAGGCAAGCAUCGAGAUGCCCGAAAUAGUGGAGUUAAAUGUUGGCGGCGUCCACUAUACGACGACUCUGAAUACCCUGCUGCAGGAGAAGGCAACGCUGCUGUGCGAGCUGUUCGAGGGACCCGAGGGGCGCGACUCUCUGGCCAAGGACAGCAAAGGCCGUUAUUUUCUGGACCGCGAUGGCGUCCUCUUCCGCUACAUAUUGGACUUUUUGCGCGACAAGGCAUUGCAUCUGCCGGAAGGCUUCCGCGAGCGGCAGCGCCUGCUGCGCGAGGCCGAGCACUUCAAGCUGACCGCGAUGCUGGAGUGCAUACGGGGCGAUCGGGAUGCCCGACCACCGGGGUGCAUCACCAUUGGCUAUCGGGGCAGCUUCCAGUUCGGCAAGGAUGGCCUGGCCGACGUCAAGUUCCGCAAAUUGUCGCGGAUUCUAGUCUGCGGCCGAGUGGCCCAGUGCCGCGAGGUCUUCGGCGAUACGCUCAACGAAUCACGCGACCCAGACCAUGGCGGUCCCGAUCGCUACACCUCGCGCUUCUUCCUCAAGCACUGCUUCAUCGAGCAGGCCUUCGACAAUCUGCACGAUCAUGGCUAUCGCAUGGCCGGCAGCUGUGGCUCCGGCACGGCUGGCUCCGCAGCUGAGCCCAAGCCAGGCGUCGACACCGAGGAGAAUCGCUGGAAUCACUACAAUGAAUUUGUCUUCAUACGGGAUUAAGCAGAGCCAACGGACUUCUGCUUGUGAUACGAUCCAAGAGUAACAGUAAAACCAAAAAAAUAUCAUUUCAACAGGAAUUCGCCGCCUGCCUAGGCAAUGGACAAGUAUUAACCAAAUCGAUGAGUUCUAUAGAUAUUAUUUUUUAUAAAUUCAUUUCCUUUUGAAUGGGAACAAGCCAGCAAAGAAUCUACGUAACCCUUACGCUAAUCCAGAGAGAGAUUUAGGAUUCUCAACUAAGAAGUAACCCGUAAUCUGACAUGAUUUAAGCCCACCUUUAUAUAUAUAUAUAUUCCAGCAUGGGAACAUUAUAGCGUAAACUUUAAGUAAACAAUUUCCGUAAAUCCAAGAACAAUCUGAACAGCAGCCCAUUUAUUUGCCACUUAUUAAAUCCGAUUAAUCAAAGCCAAUGAAAUAUAUGAGAAAUAUGGAAUCCCACUGAAGGCAGGCUGAUGAAUAGCAUACGAAAUUGAUGCCUCUGAAACCAUUCUAAAAGCCUAAACAGAAACGGAAAUUUCGAUAGUUCGAAAUUCGCAUUGAGCAAGAAAGUGAAAUAAACCAGAAGCAAACAAACAAACGGACGUAAUUUGAGCAAAAUCUAGAAAUAAAUUUACAAGAAGGAAACAAAACAAAACAAGGCAAAUGAAAACAAAUUUAUACUCAUAUAUAAGGUAGGGCCAGAUCCAGACACAAACACUGUGAGAAUUUAUCAGCGAUCUUACGGCCACAACUACAAAAGGAACUAUUUAAAUACGGGUCACAACCAAAAUAAUGGCAAAUCUGUUAAAGAAAUUUACUCUUAACGACUUCUUACUCACACCGAUUAAGAGAAUUGCAAACUUAGAGUAUUAGACUAUUCGAUAACAAAUGUACUCCACAAAUAGUUUGAGCAUUAAACUAAUUAGCAAAUCAAUUUCAAUAUUAUAUUAUAUAUACAAUAUAUAUAUAUAUAUGUAUAUAUCAUAGUACAACAGCAGUUAG